AUGGCAAGUAAACUUAAAUUAAAUAAAAAGAAAUGUUCAAUCUCAAUUGGUGCAUUGAACACAGCUUCAACAAUUUCUAAACAUGUUGUAAGUACCACAAUUCAAUCUUGUCACACAAGAUAUGAAAGAACACUAAGUUUUCUGACAGUUCCAAGAAUUUCGGAAAAUAUACCAGAUCAAAUAAUUAAUAAAGAUAAUAUUAAAAUUCCUAAUACAAUGAAAUUAGCAGACCCUAAUUUUCAUCAACCUGCUCCAGUUGAUAUUUUAUUGGGAGCAGGUGUUACCAUGUCAUUAUUUACACAAGGACAAAUAGAUUUGUCUAAAUCUGGUGGCCCUGAUUUAUUCUUACAAAGAACUAAAUUUGGAUGGGUCAUCGGGGGGAGUGCACCUACAAAGGUCUCAUCGCAACAAGUGUCUUGCCACCUGGCAUCAGACAUGCACUUUGAUUUCUCAAAAUUUUGGGAAAUUGAAGAAGUAAAAGAUGUUUGUCAUCUCACAGCAGAUGAAUUAGCAUGUGAAGAACAUUUUCUUCAACAUGUCACAAGAAAUGAGGUAGGACGAUACAUUGUCGCACUACCAUUUAAACUACCAGUCAAUCAAUUAGGAGAGACUCGGUCUAUAGCAAUAAAAAGAUUAAAUUCUCUAGAGAAAAAGCUUCAAACUAAUCCUAUGUUAAAGAUACAAUAUAACACUGUACUACAAGAGUACCUAGACUUAGGUCACAUGUCUGAAGUACCAGAUAAACAAUUACAAGAAGAUGGUUUUUAUUUACCUCAUCAUGCAGUGAUAAAAGAAGAAAGCCAAACAACAAAAGUACGAGUCGUGUUCGACGGUUCAGCCAAGGGUUCCAAGGGUCAUUCGCUCAAUGAAUUGCUACAUGUUGGCCCAACAAUACAGACAGACAUUUUCUCAUUACUACUUCGAUUUAGAUUACACCAGUACGUACUGACUGGUGACAUUGAGAAAAUGUACAGACAAUUUUUAGUACGUCCACAAGAUAGAAAAUAUCAACGUAUUUUAUGGAGAAAUACGUCUGGUAUUAUCAAAACAUAUGAAUUAAAUACUGUAACAUUUGGUCUUGCUCCAUCACCAUUCCUAGCUAUACAUAAAAUAGCUGAUGAUGAGCAAGAAAAUUUUUCUAUAGCAUCAGAAAUACUCAAAAGAGAUCUAUAUGUCGAUGAUCUUUUAACUGGUACACAAACACUUGAAGAAGCAAUUAAAUUGAGGGAUGAAUUAAUUCCUUUAUUACAACAAGGUAUGUUAAAUAUACGCAAAUGGGCUUCCAAUGAGCCUAGACUAUUAGAAGGCCUUCCAGAGGCUAACAAAAAUUUACAAUUACAAUUUAAUGACUCCAGUGCAAUAAAAACACUCGGUGUUUACUGGAGAUCUACUACAGAUACAAUUGUUUACACAGUUAAAACAAUUACGUUUGACGAAAUUACAAAACGCAAAAUUUUUUCUGAAAUUGGAAAAAUCUUUGAUCCUCUUGGACUUCUUGGUCCAGUUGUUAUGACAGCAAAAAUAGUUAUGCAACAAUUAUGGAGUAUAAACAUUGACUGGGAUGAACCUGUCCCAUCACCAAUUAAAGAUGAAUGGUUAACAUUUUAUAACCAAUUACAACUUUUAAAUGAUUUAUCUUUUAAAAGACAUACAAUAUUAAAUGAUACAACAAGUAUACAAUUACAUGGCUUUUGUGAUGCCAGUGAAAAAGCAUAUGGGGCUUGUAUUUAUCUCAGGUCCAUUGAUAAAAAAGGUAAAGUUUACACACAACUUUUGUGUGCCAAAGGGCGCAUAGCUCCUCUCAAGACACUAUCAAUCCCUAGAUUGGAAUUAUGUGGAGCAUUAUUAUUUGCUUCGCUUUAUACAACAAUAAUUAAAGCAAUACACAUAACAAUAGAUGACACAUAUUUGUGGUCAGAUUCUACAAUUGUUUUACACUGGCUAAGAAAAGAGCCAAGUGUUAUGAAAACAUUCGUGGCAAACAGAAUUGCCAAAAUACAAGAAAAAACAAAAACAACACAAUGGUGCCAUGUACGUACACAUGACAAUCCAGCUGACCUGAUUUCAAGAGGUCAACUACCUGAAGAAUUCAUCAAAACAACAACAUGGCAACAUGGGCCGUCUUGGCUGUGUGAAGAUCCAGAUGGCUGGCCGAAAUUCGAGAUGACCGAGGGUUGCAGUCUACCUGAGCUCAAGGUCAACACAUGUCUCAACACAACGACAAGUUCAACACAACCACAAGUAAAUAUAAACAAUAAAAAUGAUUACAAUAUUUUAACUCGUUAUUCAUCUUGGAAUAAAUUACAAAAUGUCAUUGCAUAUUCUCUGCGAAUGAAAACAAACAACAAGAAUACUGGAGGGCGAUUACAAAAUGCCUCUAUUCCAUACAAUCAAAAGUAUCCAAUCAUUUUACCUAAAAAUCAUCAUGUAACUUCAUUAAUAAUUAAACAUGAACAUAAAAUACACUUGCAUACUGGUACUCAAGCCACAUUAUAUGCUGUAAGACAACAAUAUUGGCCAAUUGAUGGUCGCAAUCAAGUAAGUAAAAUAAUACGCACUUGUACAACAUGUCUACGAGCACAGCCUCGCACAAUUGAUUACCUGAUGGGUAAUUUACCAAAAGCAAGGGUUAAUGAAGCAAUUCCAUUUACAAUAGUUGGGGUUGACUUUUGUGGACCUUUUUUAGUUAAAGAAAAGAAAGAAAGAAAUAGAAUUAAAGUUAAAAUAUACGUAGCAGUCUUUGUAUGUCUCGUCAUCAAAGCUGUACAUCUAGAAAUGGUCAGUGAUUUAACUACAGAUUGUUUUAUUGCUGCUUUAAAAAGAUUUGUUGCAAGACGUGGUUACCCGACUGAUAUUUAUUCAGACAAUGGUUUAAAUUUCCAAGGGGCCAACAAUGAAUUGAUUAAACUGCAAGAUCAAUUAAAAUCAAACGAUGCACGAGAUAAAUUACAAGAAUUUUUUAACACAAAAAAAAUUCAAUGGCAUUUUACGCCACCACUUUCUCCACAUUUUGGCGGACUUUGGGAAGCCGCAGUCAAAUCAUUCAAGCAUCAUUUUAAAAGGGUUAUUAAACCAGAUAUUUUAUUAUCACAAGAAGAAUUCAACACCUUGAUUAUUGAGAUCGAGGCAAUACUCAAUUCACGUCCACUGACACCUAUUUCAACUGAUCCAAAUGAUUUUAUGGUGCUCUCACCUGGACAUUUUUUAAUUGGACUUGCUCUCACAACUAUAAGAGAUCAUGACUACAACAACAUACCCAUGAACAGAAUUCUCAUUCUUCACAUUUGCGGAGACAACCAAUUAUUGAAAGCUUGGAUUCCAGUAGAAUGGGAAAAAUUCUACAAUGAUGAGAUAAUUGAUCUCAUCAUUCAUACUGCUAAAGUAUUGAUUGCUCCAACAUGCUCGUUAGAAUUGGAAUUCCAAAAUCACCAAUUCAAGAUCAAAGAAGAUGACAACGAGCUAUAUUUUAUUGAAGAAAAAUAA